GUUAUCCCUGUGAUAACUUUUCUGACACCUCUUGCUGAAAACUCUUCAAACCAAAAGGAUCGAUAGGCCGUGCUUUCGCAGUCUCUAUGCGUACUGAACAUCGAGAUCAAGCCAGCUUUUGCCCUUUUGCUUUACGCGAGGUUUCUGUCCUCGCUGAGCUGCCCUUAGGACACCUGCGUUAUUCUUUGACAGAUGUACCGUCCCAGUCAAACUCCCCGCCUGGCAGUGUCCUCGAAUCGGAUCACGCGGGAGUAUUAACGGCGAUCGGCCGAGGCCUCACGCCACUCUGACACGCUUGGCUCUGGAACACCGUGACCGCCGGGGCACGAAGCCC